AGGUACCUAGGUACGCAAUGCAAGUCGUACUACAUGUAUGUAAGCGUCCCUCGGAUAAGCCACGGAUUUAUCGAUAAGAAAAAUUCAUGUAUCUUAUCGGUUGGUCGCCCACCAUCGUUGAAGUUUCUAAGGUAUGAGGUCUGUGAUUUGCCUCCCAUUGAAUACUUCGUUUGCUUCGUUAGCUUCAGGGUUGGUGGCAAGCCAUUUUUAAUGCAAAUGGAUCAAAAUCUGAUAUGAUUCCUGACCUCUUUCUUAUUCCUUAUAUGUGAAAUGCACUUCCCUCUCAGGGCUAGACCGGCUAGUUCAAGCUAUGCGACUCGCGCAUAUCACAGACAAGUCGUUGGAAAUGUUUCCCUUAGAAGGGCUUCCUUUAGACAUGCCUUUACAACAUUCAGUGCCGCGGCUCGCGUCCAAAAAAAGUCGAGUACAAACCCCUGGGCGAAAAAGUUCCAGCCAGGUGUGCCGUCGUUUAGUAAUCCAAGAUAUCUAGAAGCUCAAACUCGUUUGAAUAAAUUAGGCGAAAACGGUCCUAAGAAUUCUAAACUGUCGCAAAGAGAAGCGACCAAGACCUAUGGCAUAUUCCGAAACCUAACUCUCGGUAGAUAUGACCUGUUGAUGACUACUACGAAUGGUUGGGAAGCUAAGCAGGAUGAGUACAAAUCAUUCGGUGUCAACUCCAAGAUGGACUUAGACCGCGAGGCAAAGCUGUUUAGGAAUUCGAUUGCAAGAGCCUACGAUCUUGCGAGCGAGAAGAAUGCUAUCUCAAAGCUUGAAAACCCCUUGUUCUGGGGCUUGCGCAAUGCUUUCGUUGAGAAUGAUAUAGUUGGGCUCUCUGAGGAGUUGGCCUAUGGCUUCCAAAACUUUCUUAUGCGCUCGAGAUUUCCCAAGAAUAUCGUCUCUACGCAUAAGAAGAUCGCGGAUUUUCGGUUCCCCUACGAGUGGUUUCCUGCUACACGGGCUAUGCAACGCACAAUUUAUCUUCAUGUCGGUCCGACCAACUCUGGGAAAACUUACAAUGCCCUAAAGGCGCUUGAAAACUCCAAUUCCGGUAUCUACGCGGGGCCUCUUCGGCUGUUAGCACAUGAAGUAUAUACUCGCUUUAAUGCUAAGGGCAAGAAAUGCGCCUUGAUCACCGGUGAAGAACAGCGUAUUCCUGAGGACGAAGACAAUUAUUUUAGAAGCUGUACAGUUGAGAUGGCCCCUCUUAACUUACCAGUGGAUGUUGCAGUCAUCGAUGAGAUCCAAAUGAUUGGAGAUAGCGAAAGAGGGUGGGCGUGGACUCAAGCGGUCCUAGGUGUACAAGCCAAGGAAGUCCAUCUCUGUGGAGAGGAGCGCGCCGUGGAACUGAUUCAGUCUCUAUGCGAUACUAUUGGCGAUAAAUGCGUUAUAACGAGAUAUAACAGACUCAGCCCGCUAGAAACCAUGGAUAAAAGCCUAGAUAACUACUCAGACCUUCAAAAGGGGGACGCUGUCAUCACAUUCUCCCGACUUACCAUCCACGCCAUAAAGAAUCAGAUCGAGAAGCUUACAGGGCGCCGAUGUGCCAUGGUCUACGGAUCAUUGCCACCCGAAACUCGCGCUCAGCAGGCCGCACUUUUCAAUGAUCCCGAUAACGAGUACGAUUUUCUCGUCGCUAGUGACGCUAUUGGCAUGGGUCUCAAUUUAGAAAUCAAACGGAUCAUCUUUGAGCAAACGCACAAACGCACGAAAACCGGCUGGCGGCAAAUAUCAGUGUCCGAAAUCAGGCAGAUAGGAGGCAGAGCUGGCCGUUACAGGACGGCACGCCAAGCAACCGAAUCAGAAUCGACAACGGACGUAAAUGGAGACAAGACAAUUGGAACCCCACCGCCCAAAGCUGGCCAGCCUGGAUAUGUGACGACUCUAGAAAAGGCUGACCUUCCUGUCGUCAAGGAGGCAUUCCUUCGCGAGCCGGAACCUAUACUGUCGGCUGGUAUACAGCCACCACCGUCGGUCAUCGAGCGAUUUUCAUCCUACUUCCCGCCUAAUACUCCGUUCAGCUAUAUAAUAUCUCGCUUGCGAGACAUCGCCCAAGUUUCUUCGAGAUUUCAUAUGUGCGGUCUAAAAGAAAUGCUAGCGGUUUCUGAUCAUAUCCAACCCUAUCCCAUGUCAGUUUAUGAUCGAUGCGUCUUCCUAAAUGCGCCGGUCUAUCUGGCUGAUAAGGCGGGCGUUCAGAUACUAAAAUCUUUCGCGAAGUGCGUCUCUAAUAUGGAAGGAGGCGAACUCCUCAGCAUCCCGGGGAUCGACUUGGAACUUCUUGACACGGGCAAGGAGGCCUUCGGUGACUCGCCAGAGCAUCUGCGACGACUAGAGACUCUUCACAAGAUGAUAACACUCUACCUCUGGCUUAGCUAUCGGUACUCUGGCGUCUUUCGAAGCCAGAACCUUGCCUUCCACGUGAAGGAAUUAUUGGAGGCUCGGAUCGAUGCUCAUCUGGCUAAGAUCAGCGUUAACACCGCGAAGCGUAGAGCAAGAUUAGAAAAGAUUCGUAAGGAAGCUAGUGAGUCGGAGCGUAAGAAAGAAAGAGUUCUUGGUGGAAAUGCUUCGGUUGAUGGACCCGGACACGAAAUACUUGGCGAAUGGAAUGAGGAAGGGCAUCAAGAACCCUUAUAUGACAGCCCUAAGGAACUGGCACCCAUCACUCGGCUAGAGCCGCGCUCUAAAAAAGAAAUGAGGCCGUAGACUGGU